AUGUUACAAAAAACGUUAUAUUUUCUCAUUAUUCCUUUAUUUUUAGUCAUAAUCUACAAUGUUACAGAAUUUAACAUUUGCUUUGGCCUUCAUUUGACUUCAUUGAUAUCUCAGAAUGGAAUUCACGGAGAAAUAACAUUUUAUCAAGAUCCUUUUAGCGAUGGUAAAAUAAUAGGAAAAUCUAUUUAUGUCACUGUUAAUCUAUUUCACAAACACAUUCUGGCAGAAAAUGAAACAUGGACUUGGUAUAUAGCUGAAUAUCCAGUUGAUUAUUCUUUGGAAGUUAAAAGCAGAUGUGACAGAAGUGCAAUUGGAGAUCUUAAAAUUGACUUGGGUAAUUUAUUUGGGCCUAUUACAUUUUUUGUGGAGUUAAACCAAACAUAUUUUGAAUUCGAAACUGGAAAUGAAACUUUUUCAUUAGUUGGGGAAAAUGGUAUUUGGGGUCAUUCAUUAGUUUUAUUAAGCCCAUCAGGUUUGAAAGCCUGUGGUACCAUAUCUGUUACAGAUGAAUAUGAGGAAAGAGUAGCUGAAGCAAAAUUUCACUUUCCUGUAUCUGGUUCCAUUUACUUUCGAUGGGCUGGAAGUUAUAAACAUAAUGUUUCAGAUAAUGUUAUAUUCAGCAAUUUAAUACAUGUGACCAAUCACACAACUUCAAAACAUGGAUGGAAAAUAUUUGUUACAGAUAUUUUAGAUUCUGAAGCUGCGCGUGAAAAAUGUGAUUUUUUGCAAAUUGUCUUAAAUCUUGACGAAUCAAAUACAGCAAUCGGCGAUCUUACAUCUAGACUAGGAGAAGUUACAGUGGUGGACAUCAAAGAGCAAUUUUCUAAAACUUCAAAAUCCAUUUUUAGAGAUCAAGAAUUGUCAUCUCUUCCAGCAGAUUUAAUUGGUGGAAGUAGAAGUUUAUACCUUGUUCUUUUUGAUGAUCGUCACAAGGAUAGUUUUCUUGCAUGUUCCAAAAUUCGCUAUCACAAGCCUGUAAUUGUAAAGGCUUUAAUUCAAUCAAAAGGUAUUGAGGGAACUGUAACAAUAUCUCAAAGAACAAAAUUGGAUCCUACUUGGUUGUUUUUCAAUAUUUCUUCCCUUUCAAAUAAAAAUAUAUUCUUCAGUGGUUAUCAGAUUAAUGAAUAUCCAGUAGAUUUAUCUGAUAAAUCAUCUGCCAAUGAUUGCUCACAAACAGGAAAUCUUUUUAAUCCUACUUCUGCAGAUAAAGUAGAUGGUUCUCUAGAUGUUUACGCUAUCGGUGAUCUAAGUGGCAAACAUGGAAGUCUGGAUAAAUUCGGCUCAGUUAUUUCAAAAUGGGAUAUUAAUUUACCCCUUUUUGGACGUAAUAGUAUUGUUCAUCGAUCAUUAGUACUGUACAGAAAUGUUGAAAAUGAUACUUUGGCAUGGGUGUGUGCGAACUUAAUGAAAUACACAUCUGGUGGAAAUAAUGCAAUAGCUGUACCUAUGUCUUCAGCUUCUGUAAUAUUUAGAUAUCCCAUAGUGGGUUCAAUAAUUUUUCGUCAACCCAAAAAUCAACCGUGGACAGACACUACAAUCAUCGUGGAAUACUUGAUACACGCGGAUGGAAUUAAUGUGAAUGACACGUUCGAACAUAGAUGGAGUGUUAAUGAUCAUCCUCCUGGAAAAGACUUUUAUAACUGGACUAAAAGGUGUUUAAGUUCUGGCGAAAUAUUUAAUCCUUACAAAGUUGAAGAGUCUUCGUGUUCACCUAAUAAUUUAUUUGCUUGUCGCUUGGGAGAUAUGUCUGGAAAACAAGGGUUUUUUAACAUAGCUGGAGGAAAGAAAACAUCGAAAAAAAUAUCCCGCAAAGUUUUUACUGAUGUAAACCUUCCUUUGGGUGGAAGUAGUAGCAUAAUCGGACGAUCAUUAGUUAUUUAUGAUGACCACGGUCCUGUAGCCAGGGGAGAUAGAUUAGCUUGUUCAAAAAUUAUACCAAUAUACAGAAGGAAAGCUGUGGUUAAGUCUUGGCACGGUAAUGGGGAACCUUCGCCGGUGUCAGGAAAAUUUGAAUUUCUUCAACAAACAAAAUAUGACAUCACUAACAUUGAUGUUUCAGUCGAGGGAUUGGUAUCGGCAAAGGGUUAUCAUAUACACAUAGCACCAGUUCAAGAGGAACUUGAAUUUCCUUGUGAAGGUUCAACUGUGUACGGGCACUUUAAUCCACGUCUAGUAAAUCCAAACGCAUCUCCAAAGCAUGGGACUCCAGAUGAAUAUGAAGUUGGUGAUUUAAGUGGUAAAUUUGAAAGUUUUGAAAAUAAAACCACUGUAAUAGCACAUUACAAUGAUUCAUCCAUGACACUGUUUGGCUCUGAGAGUAUUUUGGGAAGAAGUAUUGUUAUACACAAGGAAUUAAAAAAUAGAAGAUGGGUCUGCGCAUCUAUUGAAAGGGGAUAUUCGCCUUCUGAAGCUAGGGAAUUAAGAGCCAUAGCUUCGUUUCAUCAUCCUAAUGGAUUUGCUUACGGCUACAUUCGAAUAACCCAACUUAUAUAUAAAGAUGGAGCCAAAAGUGAUUCUGUAAUCGAAGUAAAUUUGCGUCAUCCUGGAAAACAAGAUAAAAAUUAUACGAUAAAUCAUAAUUGGGCUAUUUAUGUGAAUCCCGUAAGUGUAGACGCAUCCGUCAAGGUUUUAAAUACCCGUUGUACAGCAGGAGGAUAUGUUUGGAAUCCUUAUUUUACUCAACUAGCCGAUCCACUUAACGAAGAACUUUAUAAAAAAGAAUGCGGACCAGAUAAUCCCUUUAGAUGUUAUUUGGGUGAUAUUUCGGCGCGUUUGGGCACGAUUAACCUCGGAGGGAAAAGACAAAUCUUUUCAGAUUUAAACGUUCCAUUAGAGGGAGACAUAUCUGUUAUGGGGAGAUCUAUAGUUAUUUUCACACCGAAUCGAGGAGGUGAUCGUUUUGCGUGUGCCAAUAUCGAACCGGAUAAGGAUAUUAUUAAAUACGUAAAUAUACGGAAAACACCAAGAUUUGUGGCAGCUGCAUUUUUGGACGAAGUUCGAGAAAUAAUGGGAGUUCCAGAGUGGUUUGUAACCAUUGAUGCUAGAAAAACCAAACUUUUAUAUAAUGGAAAUUGUAUUCAGUUUUUAAUGCAUUUUAAAGGACCAGCAGCAAAUAAAUUAGAAAAAGAUUUUAGUAUAUUGAUGGCCAAUGGUAAAUUAUAUUCUCCGAGCCUCUACAUUCCCGGAUAUAAUCCCAGCUCAACUAGAAAAACCACACUGACUCACGGACCUUGUGGAUCAGAAGAUCCUCAAGAAAAAAAACUUAAAAACAAAUAUUUUUCUAAAAAUUAUGGUGAAAAAAUUUAUUUUAAUUCUUUUUGUUUAUACGGCACUUUAUUUUUUUUAUUUUACUUUAAAUAA